AUGGGUUAUAAUUCCUUCAUUAGCGCUGUGGUGAUCGCAACGAUUUUCAAUGCUAUACUUCCAGCAUAUGCAAGUUUGAGUGAGUAAAAGUUUACAACUCAGUUUUACGUCAUGAUAGUUUUAAUGAUUAUUGCGAUGAAGAAGUCAGUGAUACUUGAGAUUGUUUAUGACUUGUUUCGUCAUAUAUUCCGUUUUCGACCGUCGCAUAGUUUAAUGUCUUGAUAUCAAGGGAGAUUAUAUGAGUUUCGCUUACUUCAUAUACAUUUGAGGGAAAAAAAGGUUUUUUUUUGGUUUUUUUUUGUAUCACAAAGUUCACAAAACUGAGUUUAUUUACCAAACUUCACUACGAGUUUUCUCUAGAAGUGGUACUAUUGAUUACAGUGAGUUGUGUAUUUUGAAAUUAAGUCCUCAGCAAAUGUCCCUGAGAGAUCAAUAUCUUUGAUUAGAAAAGCUGUUUCUGACUGUAGUUUUUUCAACAAAGUAUACUGGGACACUUCCUUAGUGACGGUUGCAAUAUUGUUGGGGAGAAGGAAAGUAGAUAUUUUCUCCGAAAGAAAUAAUAAAUUUAAAACAUUAUUUACAUUCUUUCUCCAAAAAGUAGGGUUUUGUAAAACUACCCCUGACCUGAGUAACAGAAAAUUGUAUCUUCCUUAGUGGUUGGAUCUGAAAAUGCUAUGGAAACAAACUUAAUGGCCAAAUGACAAUUUAUUCAACUUUCACAUGUUGAUCUAAGUUGAUCUUUUUAAAUGAGAAGCACUCUCACCUUAUUGUUUUUAUCCUACUGAAUUGCACAAGGGAUAGAUACAAAAAAUAGAAACAAACUGUUAUGGUGGAGAAAGUGAUGCUGUCAAUGACUUCUCAGAUCUCUCUGUUGUUGUAUGUUGAUAAUUAGAGGGGAAAAAUGAAUCAAUGAUUUCACUAUAUGGUGAAAGUAGAGAGUCCUUUUGAUGAUGAUAAUAUUUGAGGCAUAUUGAUUACAGCAGCUUAAAAAAUAUAUAUAUAUAUAUAUAUAUAUAUAUAUAUAUAUAUAUAUAUAUAUAUAUAUAUGUCUUGUUAAACAUUUUGGUUUGUAGUAUUGCUUAGUAUUUUUAUGAGUUGUGCCAUAUUUGACAAGCCCGUAUGCUGUCAAAAUACAAAAAACAAGUGAAAAUACUAAGCAAUACUACCCACCCAAACAGCUAAUAAGUUAUUUAUUAUCCAACUUCUAUUUUUCUUGAAAGUGUUCCUAAUUAUUUAUCAGUUUAAGUGUAUAUUUAAGUGUGACUUAAGCAGCCAACCUGAUAGACAGGUUCUUUUACAGUACAAACUAACCAACUGCACAAUAUUACAUGAUAUUUGUAUUCUAUUCAUGCAUUACUUGCACUCUACUUCGUGCAGUUGGAUAAUAAAUACUGGAAAAGUAUAUAGUUGAUCUGAAGUGUGAUUUUCUAGUGAUUUCAAAAGACAAUUAUUGAAUGUAUGACCACCCAGGUGGAAAUCUUAUUAAGAUCUUGGAAGAUCUUGUAAGAUCUUGGAAGAUCUUGUAAGAAUCUUAUAAGAUGGCAAUUAAGAUGAAGAUCUUACUAAGAUCUUAUUAAGAAUUAAUAAUCUUAAUAAGAUCUUGCCAAAUUCUUGAACAAAUCUUAACCAGGUUUGAGCAUUGUAAGAUCUUAAAAGAUCUUAUUAAGUUUAUACAAGAAUCUUGUAAGAAUCUUGACAAAAUUUUACAACACAUGGGGAUUAAGAUCUUGGAAGGUUCUUAACAAGAUCUUAUUAAGUUUAUUUAAGAAUCUUGUAAGAAUCCUCACAAAAUUUUACAAGAAAUGGGGAUUAAGAUCUUGAAAGGUUCUCAACAAGAUCUUAUUAAGUUUAUUUAAGAAUCUUUUAAGAAUCCUAAAAAAAUUUUUACAACACAUGGGCAUUAAGAUCUUGAAAGUUCUUAACAACAUCAUAUAAAGUUCACUUAAGAAUCUCAGUUGUAAGAAUCCUAAUCUUUAAGAAAAGGAAGAUCUUACAAGCUUCUUGACAAGAUCUUGGUAAGUUUGUUUAAGAAUCUUAAUAAUUAAGUAAGAUCUGUAAAUGUAAUAUCAUAAAGAUUCUAGACAGGAUUUCAUCUAAAGUUCAUCUAAGAGUUUUGUAAGAAUCAAAAUUUUAAGAUCAGUAGGAAUUUAAAUGUCUUGACAAGAUUUUAUCAAGUUUAUUCCGGUACAUUCUUGAGUAACUUGAAAUGCUUAUCCUGUUCUGUUCAUAAGAGAGCAUGGGGAUGCAUAAGGCUUAAAACCUCUCACACAUGAUGUGAAAAAUCCCAUGUCCAAAAGGGGAUCACAUAAUGUCAAGUAAGCUUCUAUGGUAUGGUGUGCAAAUUUCAGACCUGAGAACACAACAUACAUGCAGCUGCUUUCUAAAGAGGUAAUUGUUCCACUGGAAUUAUGGUAUCAACAGAUUAAAUUUGGACAGACUUUUCAGAUUACAUUUGAUGAUUGAUUAUGAAAUAUACUGAACAGCUAGUUUAAAUAAUCACUAAUCAUGUUCAUAGGGAGUGUCUAGAAAGGGAUUAAACCUUUCCAUCUUUGCCUUGAACAUAAAGACACCCAUAGAUAAUGUCACCACAUUCCACAAGCAAGAGGCUUUCGCUGAUAUGGUUCAGAAAAAAAAAUAUGGCAGUAUGCAAACCAGCCAGAUGGCAGAGUAAAAAGAUGUAUUUAAAAAAAAAAUUCAUAGCUAGCUACUUGUAAAAAUAUUUUUCAAGAAAGUUGCAUGAAAUUUGUACUUUCACCAAGGCAUUCCACGCCACUGCGCAUACACAGAAUUGCAAAUUGUACACUUGAUCGUUGUUGUUAACUGUUUUUGCAUCAUAUCGUUUCGGACAAAGUUUGACAGAAAUUCUACUUUGGUCGAGUGUUAUCUGCCUGGUUGCGAAAUUUAACUGUGCCUUACAGCCCUAAAGAAGAAGAAUGAUUUUGAGAAUUAGGAUUUUACCGACCAAAUUCUUUACAAAAUAAUAACAAAUAAACAUCGGAAAUUUGCAGACCGGUCAGAUGGCAGAAAUUAAAAGUAUUUUAAAAAAGUUUAUAGGUAGUUACUUACAAAAUACUUGCGAGAGUUGCGUGACAUUUUGUACUUUCACUAAGGUUUUCCCCAGUCUCCCGCUACGGCCGGCGCAAAAUUACAAAUUGUUCACUCGACCGUUGUUGUCAACCGUUCUCGCGCCAUUUCGUUUCGGCAAAGUUCUACAGAAAUUUUACUUUGGUUGAGUGUUAUCUACCUCGUUGCGAAAUUUAAUUGUGUCUAAAGCCCUGAAGAAGAAUAAUGAUCUCGAGAAUUUGGAUUUUACAAGCCAAGUUCUUUACAAAAUAACUAAUGUUACUGUCGCUCAAAAUACGGAAAAUGACGCAGUCGGUAAGUAACAUGAGUUUACAGCACACCAGAGGAGAUAAAUCGCGUUUGCUUUUCUUCUGAAAGAACACUACGAUUACACAUUCAAGGUUGCGAUAUCCUUGUUUUAUUCUGUCACGUGAAGGGGCCUCAGGUGAAUAGUUUACACAUCUAAGCACAUAGAAAGCACACGUAUGAUUGUGCACGACACUCGCUUUAUAACUCAAGGAACACAUUGGUCUUGGUAGUUUAAGUAUCUUGAGAAGAUUUCUAAAAAAACAACUAGUGCACGACUGCAACUGAAGCAAAUCAUCCCGAAGGUAAGUGCUACUGACUUUUAUUCAUUAAGUUCACGUUAUCAACAUUACACAUCUGGAAGGUGAUGCGACAGACUUAUUUCUCGCACUUUUUAGAUUCUUUCAGCAUGGACGAAAAAAGUGACGAUAAGUUUAUGUAAUUGCAAGGCCACGGUAUUUUUAUAUAAGGCAAAUCAUAAAAUCUCGUUAGGGUUCGAUUUCGUCAGGAAGCGUUUUUGUUUAGAAUUGAGUGGAAACUGACACGAGAUGUAACGCUAUCAUCUUCAAAACCACGUAACGGCGGCUGCUAACCUUACUGCACUUGUAGCAAUUCUCUCAAGUCAGUUUUAAUCCAGAUUGUUCUGGAUUUAAGUGUUGUAGGCAGAAUCAUCGUAGCUUCCAGUCGUCUCGCAUGGAAAUGGUUCACAUUAAACAAUUAAUUUGUCUUCGGCUUUACUAAUAACCACUAGAAGUUAAACUAGAAGGGUGCAAUAACAACGCGAAAUUGAUUAUGGAAUUCCUUUAUUCCCAAAUAAUGAAUUAUAAAUUGCCACGUUCUACUUAAAAGUUUCCACUGAUGAGGAUGAUGAUGAAAGCCAAACUGGGUUUGAUUAUCACGGCCGUGUCCACAGUGGUGGGAAUCUCCCCAAAGCAAACAAAAAUUACCAAAAAAUGGGAAGUUCUUCUGAUGAUGUAAGAACUCUAAAUAUUCAAUGUUGGUGCAUGAUAGUUCAUUUCCCCCUUCCCCCUCCCCCCUCCUUCAAGACUUCAUUGACUUAGAAUUUUGGCACUGUUAUCCUGUUAAUUUUACUCUAAUACAUUCGAUACCUGUAUUAAUUCCAUGCAACAUUUUUUGUAUUUUGUUUGGUUCUGUUUAGUUUUUAUAUGUUUUGUUUUGUGAAUGUGUGUGUAUUUUUUUUCUGGUUUUCAUUUAAUGCUGAGUUAUGAUUCCUUGCUUCCCUUUCUCACAAUUUUCUUUGUUCUAAAGAUUAAUGAAACUUAAUUCAGUGGAGGGAUUGCUCAACAAAUGUAAACAUUUUUUCAAUUCAUAUUCACAGGAGAACUGGAGAGAUAGGAUCACCUGUAAAAAUGAUUGUAUCCUGAAUAAAGUAGACUUUGAGUCCCAUCUUAAUGCUACAAGCACAGAAUGGGAUAGAAGGGUGGCAACUCUCUUGCAACUCUGAUUGUAAAAAGGUAAUUUUUCAUUUAUCAACUUUUUGUGGGAAUUGGGAAUAGCUGUUUCAGCAGUGCAAAGCAUAAACAAAGUUUGUUGGAUUGGAGUUGGGCAGUGCAAAUUGCCAAGAUUCAUAACUGGGAACCUGUACAUAAAAAUUUUGCUCUUAAAGAUGAUAAAUUCUUGUUAAAGAUAGUCACUACCUCCUUUUCUUUGCGUACAGAUGAGGCAUGAUGGUAAUCAAGGAGAACCAUUGAGAAGCUCCUCCCCUCUACCUUAGUAAGUACUCCUCACAAGUCAGGCUACUGAAAGCUGGAAUUGAAGUCAGAGCAACAAUUCUACUGCAGACAAUAGAUUAUGAUACUUAAUUAUUUAAACACUGAGGGUUUUUUUUCCAACCUUGAUUCUUGUCUCCUAACAUGUUAUAUUUCAUUUUAGAUGUACAAUAAAACCAAACUCCUAUUACUCCUCUCUGGCAGGGAUUUUAAAAAAUACGCUCUCAAGGUUUUAGUAUAUUUUGUACCUGUAUACAAAUUUACUAUUUUCUUUUUUUCUUCCCACAGGAGCCAUAAAACAGAAAUUUGGUGAUGCCCAAAUGAAUAAGAGGUGGUCUCAAAUAAGGCUCUACUUGAAUAAAAAAAUUGCUUGGAUUCCAAGAGAAAAGUUCAAAAUGUAGAGGGCAAUGUUGAUAAGUCCGUAGACUGAAUGAACUAAGGCUUGGUUGAUAUUUGUACAAAAUUGAAAUAUAUGCAAAUUUACUUGUCAAGUAGCUGUCAAAUUGACUAAAAUGCCAACUAAGAUGAGUGAUAGUGAGCUUUAAUUCUUUGAACACGUUUGCUGCAAUACAAAAUUUUGUUGUUGUUGUUGUUUUUUUUCAUGCUUAAAUUACUCUAAAAAAAGAAAAACUAUUUCAGUUUGAAUCAAAUGAAGAACAAUUUAAAACUGGGACAUGCCUUUAGUUAUUAUGGCUUUUUUGUGAAAGGAUAACUAUGGUAGUUCAAAUCAAACUGUCAAAUGACUCCAACAAUUAAAACAAUUGUUUUUUUAGAUUUUUAAAACACACCGAAGGGAAGAACAAGAACUCUUCUUGUACAAUUGUCAUUUAAAUUGUGCAUGUUUACCAGUUAACGUUUCUUAUCAAGAUCUUUUUUAGUAAUUAAUUUCACAGUGUUGAGAAUUUGCAAUAAAUUUUGCUUAAAUGUUGGAUGAAAAAAUUAUUUCUUAGUUGUGAUCUCCAUUCCUCGAUCAUCCAGUUACUGCAUAUUGCAUAAACCAUCAGUUACCUACUAUGGUCUGAAAAAAAUGUGAUAUUUAAGAAUUUUUACAGAUUCUGCAAAAAUUCUUGUAAGUUGUUUGAAAAUCUCACAAGUUCUUGUAAGUUCUUUUAGAGAUCAUUAAGACAAUUAAUUAAGAUUCUUGUCACAGGAAUCCUACCAGAUCUUGUAAGAUUCUUGAAAGUUUCUUACUAAGAUACUUAUCAAGAUUCUUAGUUAAGAAUCUUAUAGGAUCUGGUAAGAUCUUGUCACAAGAUUCUUACAGGAAUCUUGUAAGAUCUUACAAGAUCAGGUAAGAUCUUGUCACAAGAUUCUUACAAGAAUCUUGUAAGAUCUUACAAGAUCAGGUAAGAUCUUGUCACAAGAUUCUUACAAGAAUCUUGCAAGAUCUGGCAAGAUCUUGCCACAAGAUCCUUACAAGAUCUUGUAAGAUCUUACAAGAUUCUUACAAGAUCUUGUAAGAUCUUACAAGAUUCUUGUAAGAAUCUUGUGACAAGAUCUUACAAGAUCUUGUAAGGUCUUACAAGAUUCUUAAUUAAGAAUCUUAAUAAGAAUCUUAGUAAGAAACUUACAAGAAUCUUAGUAAGAUCUUAAUAAGAUUUCCACCUGGGCAGGUAUGUUUAUGAACAGCACCAAAAAGAGAGUGCUUUAUGAUUACAAUUUCUAUGAUUCCAAGAAUUCCAUUUGUACUGUAUUCUCUCACCAUUGGUCACCAGAGCUAAGUUGCUCAGCACAGUCACAAAGAAUUCAAAUUUAUUCCCCAUGGCAGUAAACAUUUGACAGGGUGAACCAAACCAAUCUUAGGAUUGUGCAGAACAAGCAUGAUUUAUCUUGGACAAGUUAAUCUUCAACAUGAGUUAUCCAUGGGACAAGUACAUGUAUAUUAUUUUCUGAUAAUCUGCAUAGUGAUGUUCAUUUGAGUAAUCUUUUAAUUUGAAUUUUUUCUCCACAUUGUCAGUUAUGUAGCUGGACAAAUUUUUUCCUUAAAAAAGCAGAUUAUUUAAAUGGAAAAAUUGCAAAACUCACAUGUAGUUGCUGUUUAAUAAUUGUUCUAUAUUUUUAGAUAUGUUGCAAACAAAACUUGAUAUGCAUUGCUAAGCUCUGUUAGUUUACUGAGGAGCACAUUUUUAUGAUUACUUUUGGAAGGAUAAUCAAGUUGGAAGUUUUUCUUUUUAUCUGAAUGUUUAUUGUUGGUCUACAAUUAACCUAGAGUUAUUAUGAAUUUAAUGCUUUUUGAAAAACAUUUUGAUCUAUUAAAGAGAGAGGGGUGCUUAUGCUGAUAACAUAAUCCUUAAGGAAGAAGCACUAAAAUCCUUUUUUUUUUUCCCAGUUUUCACAAUAGAGCCAUCAGACCAUGUUGUAGCUGUAGGACAGCCCCUUCUCCUCAACUGCCAGGCCAAAUACAGUAGAUCUGGAAAUGUUGCGAUAUCUUGGAAAAAUAAUAACCAAUGGCUGUUGGAUCCCAAGAAUGCACCCUGGACCCAGUUAGCAAAUCAGUCUUUGUACUAUAGCAGCUUUCCUGCUAAUAGUACUGGCACUUUUGUCUGUGGAGCUUCAGUUCAAGGCACAUCCAUAGUCAAUUACAGUAGAAAAGCAACUGUUCAAGCAGCAUGUAUGUUUUUAAUUUGUUGUGUGCAGAAUUUUCUUUUCCUUAUCUCCUUCUCUUUUCGUUUUUCCAUGCCAUUUAUUAAUGGUAACGGUACUUAAUUACAGCUUCAUAUGUGUUAAUAUGACUUUUCAAUUUACAGACAUCAAACCACAGUACCUCACAAAUCCACAUAAUCUAAGAAAAAGAUUGGGAGAGGAUGCAACAUUUGACUGUGUUAUUGCAGAAAGUCUACCCUAUUCAACCAUUCACUGGCAGAAAGAUGGAAAGACCUUUACUGGUGGUGAAGUAACAGGUCCAUUUCAAAUUCCUAGCAUAAAGGCCACAUCAUCAGCCCUGUCAGUGAGGAAUGUAACAUUCUCAAGUGCAGGAUGGUAUGGCUGUGUGGCUGUAAAUCCUUUGUUACCCAGUCUGCCACAGUACAGCAAGAAGGCUUAUUUAACUGUACUUCGUAAGUACAUUUAUUUUUGGUGGUGGAUGAAUACUUAAAGGCAGGAUUUUCAAGUUUGAUGUGGAUGAAUUUACAUUUAGCUAUAAUAGUAGACAGUGUUGGUUGUCAGGCUUUAUGGUCAAUCUUACAGAUCUUUUUCUCAGCUACAGCUUGAGUUGAUGGCUUUAAAUUGACAUCAUUUUCACAAGUACAGCUGUUUGUUGUUUUGCUGUCAAAUAGAGGUUAAGUUCUCUUAUUUAAUCAUUAAGGCAUGUGAACUUAUCUUAGAAUUAAUAUUCCAAUCUUGUGCAGCAAUUGAGCUUCAAGACAUGUGUAAUAGACAAGCUAAAGGAAGAGACAGGACUAAUAUCUACUUGAUACAUUUAAUUUUGAGCUUCACAAGUUAGAACAGAACCCUUCAGGAAACUGGUGAAGUUUUGUGCUUUUGUCUCUUAUGCAGCCUCAUACACACACACAUCACAAAUUAUUACCUUUUGGUUUUAAUAUGAAAUUAUGCCUUAAUUAAACACAUUGGUGUGCAUUCAACACAGUGACUUGGUGAUUUUAACUGACCCAGUGUGCACAGAAUUACUGUCAGUGGCUAAGGUUUGAUGAAAAUGCAUUAUUUAAAUAUUAUUUUGUGUUACUGUUAAACCAGUCUGUGUUUGGCUUUUUGCAGCUGCUCAAGACAAGCCUCACUUUGGUAUUCGUCCAACAAAUAUGAUUGUACCUGAGCACCUUCCAUCCAUUCUUCAGUGUCAAAUUCUUGGUGUUCCCCCACCUGUGAUAUCAUGGACAAUGAAUGGUCAGCCUGUGAACAAUGUGUCUGACCGGUACAUGCUUGGUAAUGGCUCACUUUACUUUGCUCCUCCAGUGAAAAACUCUUAUGCUGGGCAGUAUGUGUGUAAUGGGACAAAUACAGCUGGAUCAGUCUCAAGUUUUCCUGUGUUUUUCAGAGUGGCAUGUAAGUUGACUGAAUACUAACCAUAUCUAUUUAAGGUUUUAUCAGUUUGUUAGUGGUUAAUAAAACUUUUAAACACAAAUGAGUAAACCAGAGAAUGAAACUGGCAAUUAAAUCAUCACCUUGUGCUUACUUAAGUACAAAAAUGAUAUAUGAUAGCGUUCUUAGAAAUUAAAUCUUAAGCAUUUAAGUAUUGCAAAAGAAAAGACAAUGAAUAUUUAUUUUCUUCAUUUUCAGACUUUGAAUUCAAUUUUCGUGAGAAUCCAACCAAUCAGACAGCUGUUGUUGGUGAUGCGGUCAGCAUGUCCUGUGUUCCUCCUUUCAGUUUUCCUGUUCAGGUCACAAUUAAUUGGUUUCACAACUAUCAGCUGAUUACACCUGGCGGCAGAAUUACUAUUGACAAUUCAGGCACAAUAACUUUUACUUCCAUAGCAAAUUCUGAUGAAGGGAGUUAUUUCUGUGAUGCAACAAAUUCUGUCCUUCGUGCCACAAGAACAUCCUCUGUGGCCUUUGUUGCUGUGUAUGGUGAGUAACUUAAGAAAUGUGUUGAAAGGGUCAGUCUUACUUUCUUUAUGCAAUGAUUGACAUCAAUGGCAGGUAUGAUCAUUAUCCUUUUAGUGAACGAUUGCCAAUAAACAUUCUUUACUUAGCAUGCAGAACAGGUGAAAUUCUUUUUGGUACUUUUCAGGCAAAUGGAGGCAAGUGUGAGUCUCACGCUGUGGGAGAAGCACCAAAAAAAACUCUUGCAUGUGACUUGCAUUUGCUUAACACUUAUCUUUGUUCACUUGAAAAACAGAAAGAAUUAUGCCUGUCCUGCUGCCUAUUUUUGCUUUGCUUUUGAAUGAAAGUUGUGCUGUGUUUGGACAUUUGGAGGGCUGAUUUGCAUUCAUAGAUUGUGAAAUGAAAAUUUGGGGCCACCAUUUAUAAAAGAGGUCUAUAUUGAAGUGGCAAGAUGGGGCUGUCUUAAAAUUUCCACAUAGGAUUGCCACCUGUGCUUGUUGGUUGUAGUCAGGCUACAUACCACAGUACCUCUGGGCAACUUGUCUUUAGCACACAAACAUUUUAUGUCUUUCUUCUACUAAAAUAGGACUCGUGACUUUUAAACUUACCCAGAUCUAUCUCAAUUUAUUUCAGUACCACCAUCUUUUCAAGUUCGGCCCAGUAAUACCAACGUCACACAAGGUUCUCCACUUAUGUUACACUGCCAGGCCAAAGGCGAUCCAAUGCCAAGUUUAACCUGGCAGAAAGAUGGUCAGGCUGUGCAGAAUAAUCAUGUGACGCUUCUGUCCAAUGGCAGCUUGUUCAUUUCUAGUGCUGUUAAGCAGGAUGCUGGGACAUUUAGAUGUAUCGCAAACAAUGUCGCAGGUUCUGUCAGUGUUACUGCUGUUGUCGCCAUUUAUGGUGAGAAAAUGAUAUUAUUUUAAUUAGGCAAAGCUAAGACAGUCUGAGUCACAUUUAAAAUGAGAAACAAAGUUAAAGGUUAAGGAUAGAAUUAAUUGCUUCUGGUUUUGAAAAGACAAUGGAUACAGAAGCAUUUCCUCCCCCCUUAAAUUUGAGCCAGGGGACAAUUUAUCUCCAAGGUCUUACUUACUGGUCCAGUUGAGAGGCAGAGAGAAAGCCUCUCUCUCAACUAAAACACAUGCAUGUACUUGUACUUGUCUGAUGAGUGAGUCAAGCUUUUUGAAUGCUUCAGCAUUACAUGACAGUAUUAAGUUACCAUGUCAGAUAAUGCUAAAGAAACAAAACCACAAAAUACUUUCAACUGGUAACUCAAGACGCAAUCCGUGCAAUAAUUUCAUGUACACUUUUUAACAGGAGAUGUUAAAAUUACCCACUUGGUACAGUAUAUUUCUACUUCUAAGAUGAAGAAGGUUCAAACGAAUUGGUAGUAACCACAAUUAUUUUUGGCAAGUGGACAAGCCUUUAUUUAGUUUUAAUCUCUUUUCUCUUAGUUCCGCCUUCACUGGUCUCGCCGCCAGAAAACGCUACAAAGACGGUAGGAGAUAUCGUGAAGUUUACGUGCGCGUUCAGUGGAAUUCCAAACCCGAGCAUUCAGUGGUUCUACAAAUCUGAAGGGUCUAUGGUUCAAAUCAAUCAAACAGAUCAUUACGAUAUUUUGACCCGAUCCCUUGAAAUCAAGCAGAUAACGAAGAAAGACGAAGGAAGAUACAUUUGUCGAGCUGAAAACGUUGCUGGAAGUUUGGAAGCAUCGGCCUAUUUAACAGUGAGAGGUACCUAGCGUGUUAACCUCGAAAAUAUUAAGAAAUCACAGCACUCUUCAAUAUGAUGGUGUUGAAAGUAAUCUGGGACUGACUUAAUAAUGCAAAUUGGCCACUGUAGAGAGUCUCUAAAGCUGACGUUUCGAGCGUUGGCCCUUCGUCAGAGCUCUAACGAAGUACUCUUGGAGACCAAUUUAUAUUAUCGCUUGAGUUAUUUAAACCAAAUUUUCUAGUAACAGCCACCGGCACAGCACCACAGUUUUGUAUAAUAACUUGCCCUCUAUAGGACUCAUUUAGCUUUGCUCUAUGCCGUUCUUUGAUUGGUCCACAAAACUUCAGCCACCCUCUCAACCAAUCAUUUGCAAUUCUACAAGUGAACCGCGGCUUGCUCUCUACAAGACAUGUUUUCCCGCGCUUUAGCCAAUUUUGAAGACAUUUCUUUUGUUUUCAUUCAGUUCCCGCUAGACUCGAUAUGAACCCAAUGAAUAUAACCGUGAAUGAGUCCUCCCCAGCCUCAUUCCGGUGUAAUGCAUCUGGUGAUCCCAAACCAGUAGUUACGUGGUUUAAAGGUGGAACCCAGUUGACCCCAGGAGCAAGGAUUGCGAUUGGUGAAGACAGUUUAACGAUUGUGAGUACGGUCGCCGGUGAUUCUGGGCAGUACAGCUGUAACGUUAGCAAUGGAUUGAAUUCACAUGUGGGAACGACCCAUUUGCUCGUUCAAGGUGGGUUGAUGUCGAUUUAAAUUAGUUUAUUGAGUACUUUAAAUAAUUUUUUCCGUGUUCAUCAACAGGCAAUUGAAGAAGCUGAGCCUUGGGUAAAAGAUCGUUACUUAUAAUUAUCGUGUUCUUGCGUAAAAACCUUAACACUUUCACUCCUAAGAUCUAGACCAAAUUCUCUACACUGUCUAGCUAACACAUCUUGUUAAUUAAGUUCAAAGAGUAUGCCGUUAAAUCGAACAAUAUUAUAGGUGGAUAUUUCCUUUUUUUCUCGUCACCUCUCUGCGUGGAAUUGUAUUAAUGUUGUAAGAACAAAUUCCUCUUUGGGAGUGAAGGUAUAAAAGCACCUAUUUUGAAAAUCUGUUGAUUUGAUGAGAAGCCGAAAGUCUUACAAGACGAUUUUUAUUUUAAAUCUUUGUCUCCGUAGACCAAUGAAUUUGUAACACUAUUUUUCCUUGUAAUGGAUGAUGCGCACAAUCCAUAACACCAAAAUUUUCUCACUCAUAUACAAGAUUCUUUGCUUGCGGCUGCGCUGCCUCGCAGACGGGGCAGUUUUCCUACUUUCAUAUCUCGCCGGGUAAUUUCUGCUUGAGAGACUGACUAGUGUGGAGGCUAGAGCUAACCCCAGUGUGUGUGGUAUGAAGCGACAGAAGUAUUGCUACUCUUCCAGGAAAUAGCGAUAAAAUACUACUUAGGUUUAGGUCAGGUGUCUCGGACAUUUUACAAGUACUCGUCUAGAUUUGGUGGGGAGCUGUCCACAAGGACUGCCGUCGUGACUCGAUGCAGGAGCAGCUCACCCAAUUAAGUCUCUGAUGUAAAGUAUCUGUUUUUUCUUUACAGUCCCACCAAAUAUAACAUUAUUUUACGUACCUCGACUGGUAAAACUCGGUGCGAGCGCUGUACUAAACUGUUCCGUGAGAGGUACGCCUAAACCAAGUAUCACGUGGUACAAGAACGGCGAGUUAUUGUCCUCGUCUAGCAGCUUGUUUGUGAUUGGAAGCAUUCGUGAAGCUGACAUUGGAGUAUAUACUUGCACCGCAUCUAACGCAGCGGGAAGGGUAUCAAAGCAUGGAAAUCUAACUGUGCAAGGUUAGUUGACGGUUACGGCUCAGAGCAAAGAUCAUUUCAAGAUAUUUAAGUUCUAUGUGAUAUUCAGAUUGCUCCGAGUUGGUGCUCUCUGAACAUAUUCAAACAGAUGUGAACAACCACUGCUCGGUACCUACUACAUUUUUUACUUUAUGUAUUAACACUUUAAUCCCUAAGAGUGACUAGUAUCUAAUUCUUCUUCAACGCAAGAAACUCUUUAUUAUUAAAAAAGUAUCCUUUUCAGCACCUUAUCAAAUGCACGGAGAACAGUAUGGUGAAUAUGCAAACUGAUGCCAGGGUUCAAAAGGUGAACAGAACAAUAGUAUCGUUCAAAAUGACGUUCACUUCACUGGCCGAUUGAAACUUUCACGAACCAUAUUCCCCUUGCUCUUGUCCCUGAUAAUAUCCUCUGCUCAGGUUAUGGAACAGACACCCACAAGAACAGUUAUAUAUACUGUAAAUAAUGAAAUAACAUUCAUCCUUGGUCAUUUUAAAAUAAAUUUUCGAGUUCUCUCUCUUUUACGUUGCACACCAUCUUCAAAUUACCUAAGACUCUAUCCUUCAGUAACCUUUUAAGGUCAAUUCUUCUCCUAAAUGUUUAUUGUCAACUUUUUUUCUAUAAAUAGUGGCUCCCAGUCCUCCAUUUCCAAUCUCUGCUAUCCCGGUAUCCUCCUCUGCCAUUCAGUUGUCAUGGCAACCCGUUUUUGAUGGACACAGUCCAAUUACCAGUUAUAAGCUGGAAAUGAGGAGAGAGUCUGAAAGCUACGUCGUCAUACAAGAGGUCAUCUCUGCCAUGUCAUAUACUGUGAGGAAUCUUCGUCCAUUCACCUUGUACACCUUUAGGAUUUCUGCUCGUAAUGCCGCUGGUUUGGGUAACGGGGCCAAUAUUACGAACAAAACCUUACAAGAUGGUAAGUUGGAAAGUUAACCGCUUUAUUUGCGCCUGCCUUCAGGAGUGAAGCGUUUGUGGAUAGCUCGGCGUGCUGCAGAAUUCUGCUUGACAAUAAUUAUGCCAUAUGCAAAAAAAGACUCGAUAUUUUCUAUGCUUCACUGCCUCUCAGUUCAUAUGGGCCUUGGCCAGUUGUAUUAAGUCAGCAAGUUCUAGGUCAUAGUCGAGAUCUUGUCUUUAUAAAGCAACAUAAUCUCAUGCAGAAAUAACGUUUCAGGCUUCUUUACCCCAAUUGUAAGAGUACUUUCUAUUCUUUUUUUUUUUUUUUUUUUUUUUCGAGAGAGAAUUAAACAACAGAGUAAUUACUUUUGACAUUUCAGCUCCUUCGCCACCUACCAACGUUUCUGCGGUAGCCUUAAAUGCGACAACUAUGACCAUCACCUGGGACCUACCAACCACACCUAACGGUCAGAUCACACGCUAUGAAAUUCAUUACAAUGUUGUUGAAAAGAGUAACCUCACCAGCAUAAUGCUACUCGCCAAUCAGCUGCCGGUGCUUCAGGCCAUGAUUGUCGGUUUGAAACCAUUUACUCGUUACCAGUUUAAAGUUCGUGCCGCCACUGAGGAAAGGAAUGUUAUGUGGGGAAACUUUUCAGCGAUUACUAAAGCGACUACGGAUGAAGCAGGUUAGUUUAUACUAACACUUGACCGCAAGUAGUUAGACGUUCUAGUAUUCUCGGAUAACGACGAUAAAACGUAGGCUCUGUCUCCUGCAUCUUCUCUCUACUGACUAGCAGGGUACGUCUAAGAACCCACGUAUUUCUUGCGAAGUUAAGGGAACCUAGCCCCCGCGUUGUGGUGUGGCCUAAUAUUUGUUUAAAAUGUCCUCCUUAAGCUGAACUGGGCCGGCCUGUCUAGGUGUCGCAAAUAAUGAAUAAAUAUAUCUAUAAAUAGAUAGAUUCUUCGCACCAAGAUCUUAACAUCAUAACUGAGGGAGGAGUCUGUAGGUGCCAGUGACCAAAGGUAAUAGGUUGCACAUAGCUAUGGGAACUUAUCGGAGUGAAUUUUUCAGUGUGGUGACUCUUAUCGAAACCAGUCUUAUUUGAAGUCUGUUGUAGUUACUUCGUUUUCCGACGAGUCUCCACAUUGAAAAAUGAGCUCGAAUAAAUUUUGGAAUUUUUUUCCUUUAACUUUCAAUUUCUGGUCGUUGCUGAGUUGAGUUUGGUACAGGCUAAAGUUUGGUUUAUUUAACCCUUUUACUCUCAUGAGUGACUAAGACAGAAUUUCUCCUUACAAUAGCAAUACAACAUCAACCAGAUAAGUGAUGAGAAUAAAGAAAAAUAUCAAUUUGGGGAUAAUUAGUUGAUCCAAUACUAAAUUCUCUGAACCAACAUUAUAAGAAUUGUAUGGUUGACAGUAAGGAGAAUUACAAAUUUGAUCUGGGAGUUAAAGGGUUAAGCGUGCUAUGAGUUCAACCAAUCAACCCCCAUCAUUCAUAGGGUUUCCAUGAUUCUGUGUUUCUUCAAAAGUCCGAUCAAAGUCAAGAGAGUUUUUGGAAGGUGUUAUUUUGAUCAGGCUGAAUUUUCUGUUUUUGUUUUAGCUCCAGCUGCAUCUCCUCAAGACAUUCAACUAACAGCUUUGUCUGCUGAGGCCAUUCUCGUUACGUGGAAGGUGAAUUGAUUGGCUUAUUGUUUUUUUUUUCUGUCAUUUCUUUAAAGUUAAUUAUAUUAUCCAAGAACCCCAAGGCAACUGCAAAUUCAAAACAUUGGUUGGCCUUCUUGUUAUUGAGUUGGGCUCUGGGUGAGGAUCAUUGUGCGUAGCAUGAGCAGAGCGUUUUACUUCCUUAUGGGGCCCCUAUUCAGAUGAUUGUCUCAGCGAUUAGAACGCCAAUGGACCAUGCCGUUGUAAACAUCGUUCUGUUGUCUGUCAAGUAAGAGAAGCGUUUCGUUCUCUCAAAUGAAACUCGCAGGAGGUUUACUCUUGUAUGGAGCGCUCAAAGAAUUGUUAAAAGGAUGAGAUUUGGUAGCAAGAUGAAGACGUGCGGGGGAAAAUAUCAUACACGUUAAGGUCUAACAAGAUAUACAUCUUUUCACCCUUUUCUUCAUUGCAGAGUAUUCCUUCCGAACUAUCCAACGGCAUCAUCAGAGAACACAUCGUGAUUGCAAAGGCAGCGGGUCCUUACAAUUUUCAUAAUGAUGGAUUGAAAUACUCCACAAAUUCAUCACUGAAUUUUACAAUUCAAGGACUUCACCCAUGGACAUUUUAUAACGUCACUGUCCAGGCCUACACGGUUGACUCCGGACCAAAGAGCCCUGUUAAACAAGUUCGGACUUUAGAAGCUGGUGAGUUUUAUAGCUUUAAAUGUGUGCGAGAUUUAGUAUCAAUUAUUUUUAACGCGAGACCUUUCAGACGUGAGGUUCGUUUAGUUUUAAGGGAACUCUUGGCAUUUAGAGGAAAAUAUGUGUUUCACCGAGACUUGACAUUGGCUGUCGAUCUCCCUCAUUUUUCACUCUGCCCCUACUCUCCCGCUUUGUUUUACUCACUGAAUACCUGGAAUAGGCCAUCAAGUUAAACAUUGACAGAUCUUAACGUUCUGAGUUAAAGGCCAUUAGUCACAGGCCUAACGUUUUUGUGAAGUUGGCAUGUCUGUUUGAAAUCUGGAAACCCACACAUAAAUUCCUUUCUCACUCCCCCCCCCCUCUUUAACAACUGGAAUUAUUUCUCGGUAGUCCCAACGCGAAACUGGUCUUUCUACCAUCGGUUGAGAUCUUUAUUAACUUACAUGUACACUCUAUUGAAUCGUAACUAUGUUUUUAGCAGCGUGGAAUACACGGUUAUAAUUAAUUUGUUAAUCUAUUUUUUCGGGUAAGUUUAUCUCGGUGUAUGCGAAGUUCGUUGAUUUUCUAAAGUAUUUGUUUAAUUUUCCAUAGAUGAACAAUUUAUAAUGUGUAAAUUGAUAUUAUAUCGAUUUGCUUCUUCGCUUGUUUGUUUGUUUUCAGCACCUGGUCCGCCAUCGAAUGUGACUUUGGAUACCGUCAGCCAGCACAGCAUCAUGGUGUACAUAGCUCAGCCUCUUCCUCCAGCACGAAAUGGCGUCAUCCGUGGUUACACUGUGUUGUACAGGCUGGCCAGCCUAACGGAGGCUGAUUAUCUGUCUGUAAAUACAACCUCAUCCCCUGUAACAUUGACCAACCUUUCAGUGUUUACAGAGUAUUCUAUUCAAGCAGCAGCUUUCACCAGCGCAGGACUGGGCACCACAAGCGAAGUGAAAACAGUAGUCACACAAGAAGGAGGUAAGACUCUUGACCAGUUUGUACUUCUUGACCUUUUUAACUGCGUCAAUUGUGACUUAACAAUUUGAGUGUUCUUCACCCUAUUUGCUCUAUCAAAAUAUGUAUAAAUGUUUUGCCAGUGUGCUGUAUGCUACCUUUUUUAUCGUUUUUGUUGUUUUUGGUUAUCGGUUUGUAAUGUUAUUUUAUUGUAAUAUUGUUUUGCUUUUAAGUUCCAGGCGCAGUCGGUAACGUGACCGUGGUAUCUGUGAGUCACAACACUAUAACAAUAACUUGGCAUCCCCCUGUAAGGCCCAAUGGCGAAAUUAUAGAGUACAGGAUCACCUACAGAUCUCUUGACAAUAACGCGACACGCAUCCUGACAACAGAUGGAAGUUUGACUACAGCUGAUAUCAAGAACUUGUCAGCGAACACGACCUAUUACAUUUACGUAACGGCAAGAGCGGGCCAAGGGACUGGCGAACAAGGAAUGAUUGUUCAUGUCACAACAGGUAACUCAUGGAACCAUAGGAUUAAAUAGGAAUGACCUCUGUUCCUCAGCUGACGCAGUUUUACUGAAAUCUUUCGACUGGCUCUCUUAGGAACUGGUGAUAGCUCUUUAGAACUUUCUUUGGAAAACUGGUGCGCCUCCUAACAGACAGAUACUAAUUAGGACUAGACACAGUUUUAAAUCUCUCAAAACUUUAUUUUGUUAUCGAUUCUCGCUCUGUUCUUCAGUCUAGAGUUGGAAAUUUGGCGCGAGACAAGACCCAUCGAUCUUUAUUAUUUCCUAUGUUAAGUUUUGUUUAACACUGCUUACAGAAUGAAUGCUUUUGGCAGACGGAGAUGGGUAUCAUUUACAAUAAUUGCUUGUCUUUUCACCGUCGAAACCAGUACAAUAAAUCCUGAUGGAUUGAACUUAAUAUUGCAGGUGUUCCUCCUCCAGUGACUCUCCUUCCCACAGAACCACAGGUUACUCCUACUAAGGGAACAGAGACAACGGUGGUGGCCCCUCCUGUGACAGAGAGGAGAACCGGCGAACUAUACCAGGAGCAGAUGAUCGUCAUAAUCGUUUGUGUGUCGCUAAUAGUUGCAUUUCUUAUAAUAGCAGCCGUUUACUUUCUGGUUUUCCGGCGAUGGAGAGAAAACAGAGGUGAGGCGAGAAAAUGAAGCUCUAAACUUAAAAUUUCACCACGGUGGUCACAUCGCCUUUGUUUAAGGUCGAAACAUGCUCGGCGACAAGUUGCGGCAACAAGAUACACGAGAAGAUCUUAGCAGCCGCUCACUUCGCGUGAAAUUGGUACUUUUUCCACGCCGUGAAUUUGCAGAAUCGCCGAGUGCAUGAAAGCAAAACCAUUGUUAUCCAGAAUUAUUUUUGAUAGUCGGUGAAAUGGAUUCCCUUCCGGCACUUGGUGCUUGUUAUUCUGCGUUAAGUUCUCAUUUUAUUUCUCGUGUAAGAGAUGCACUGUAUAUUUUGUGUCGUCCAUACUUGACUGCGGACUGGUUAGACUGUAUUAUUAGACUGCAUUGAUUACACUUCGAUUCUCUGCUCUUUCUCCAGAUGGUGGUGGAUACAAAAGAUCAAGAAAAUUACAUGGUUUCAAUGGUGAUUACGAAAUGAACAGGUGAGGAUUUGUAAUCUCACACAUGACAGCUCAUCUGGGCAAGUUCCUAAGAACUGAAAUGAGAUAUGCAGUCAAUCGCUUGCACUCUUUCAACAAUACGCAAACUCUUCAAUACAUGUGAUUCGAAUCAUUCAUAACAAUUGCUGUUGCAACGAAACUAAAUCAAACGGACAUCUAAACCCUUUUACUCGUGAUCCUCCGCACUGUCUGCCAUACAACUUUUUCUGAUGUUAGUUUUGAGAAUUUGGAAUUAAAGCUACUAACACAUCCCUAUUUGAUAUUUUUCUCUAUUCCAAUCACUUUUCUCCUCGAUUUUUGCUGAUAUUGUGAGGAUAAAUUCUGCUUUGGUCACUCAUGGGAGUUUAAGGGUUAAGAAAUAAAAUCUAACAAACUGCAACGGUCGAAAUCAACCAAUCCAAGCGCCAUCACGUGACCUGCCUAUUCAAUCCUUUGAAGAGAGGUCAUCUCUUUCAUAACCUGUCACCUUACAUGACUAUACUCUCAGGAAUGAUCAAUAGAUAUGAUCUCCGCACAUUUCAAUACACCGCUACUCAGGAAUGUAAUGAGAGUACUGAAAAACAAUAGUGCAUUGCGGGAUAUGGUCAUUAUGGUCAUUUCCCUCGAACCAGGCUAGCGCUUUCCUUUGCUCAUCUGACGCUUGAAGCUGGAAGCUUGUUUUGAAGGAUAAAAGAAAGUCGAAUUUCAUUUUGCCACAAGCUUGGGACAAAACAUGGAAGGGGAUUGGUUGACAGUCAAUCACUGUUUGUCCCCUGUUAUGUUAUAAACAUGUGAGUUGUUCUGUUGUUGAAAGAUGUAAUGGGCUGCCUAUCAGUAAAAAAAAGAACAACAUACCCCGUUUACAUCAAAAUUUAUAAAAACUCCAGUCUCCUUCCACAGUAACAUGUUAAGUCUUAAAGAAAGAUAAAACUUGAAAAACUCGGUAUGCUUUUAAUUUUUACCAAUGUGAUUGAUUAGCGAUUGAUUCAGAGAAAAGUCUAAAUUUUUAUUUCAUAAAUCCUAAAUAGUUAUUCUCUGCAUACUGCAGUUUCCCUAUUUAAACCCUAUUCAUAACUUAACCUGAGCUGACAGUUUUUUCCGUUGAUUGUGAAGUGCUUUAGAUGGCACAGGUCACUACAGGAUGGUGGGAUCCUUUUGUGUUCCUCGAUCAACGUAAACGGUAAAUGUAACUUAAUCGAUAAACUACGCCGAUAGAAAUGAAGAACAAGGCCCGAUGAAGUUAUUAAUGAUACAAUAUUUUAGUCCUCUGCAUUGAUAGAAAAACUGGAGGAGUCUAACAUCAUAUGACGAACGAUGUUUUUAGUUAUUGAAUAAUCGAUUGAGUUUUCUUUUUACACGUUAGUUGCAGUGCUAUUAGUUUUGUUAAUCCAUUAUCGUAAAAUUAAAUUAAUCUUUAUUGCAUCGAUGACUCAUUCUGUGAUCUACUGAUGCUGCCAGUGGUAUUUUAACGUACUAAAAAUUGAUUAAAUUACAUAUGAAAUUCAAUGAUCUCUUCAAAAAUAAAUCCGUUACAUCAUAGUUGUUUUAUAAACUCCUUGGGUUAAAGUUAAAUUAUCUACUUUGGAAUAACGGUCUUGAACACGUGUGAUCUUAUUUCCUCUCAAAAGCGAUUAAGGAAUUGUUGAAAGAAAUGAUCAAACAAUCGAGACUUUCUUCUUAGUGAUAUCGUGUUGUAGUAUUUCAAGGGGAGUAGCCAACGAAAUAAAGCAAUUAAAGAACUUUUAACAGUGGGCCUUGAUAACAAGUGCCAAAUAAUACUUUAUAGCUAAAAUUGACUGUAAAAUCUUAUGAAUAGGAAAAACAAAGUAAAUGCAGCCUCAAACUAAGUGUGAAUGUUGGGUUCAAUUCAAUUUUUUUCUAUUCUGUUAGAUAUAACUUCGCUCUAACUUCGUUCACUUCAUUUGGACUCAAUGAUGCUGAAGCUCUCAACUCAACUUAAUUUGCCUUCAUCCCUCAUUAGGCAUGGUUUCCACGGUAACGCCGUUCUUGAUGUGACUGAAGAGCCGAGUGGAGCAGACGCCGAUGGCUCAAGCGAUUCCUUUGAUUCCGAUUGGGUUAGCAGCAGCAUCGCGUUGCCUUCACCACCACCGAAUCCGGACUACGCAGAACCAGAUCUUUCCUCUCUGCAACGUUCCUCAUCGCGUAAAUCAGAUCGCGCGCAGCUGGUAGGUGCACGACCACACAAGGACUCCAUGAUUAGCCAAGACGGUUAUUCAACCGUUGAGGCUCUUGGAGGUGGAGUUUCCAGCUUUGGCCCCCCUCCCCCACUACCUUUUCGCUCACCUUCAUUUAACGAGCGAGGUUCUGACUCUCCUGGAAGUCGCAAGUCAUUUACAAAUGAGGGUUACAACCCAGCGUCUGAGCGAGAAGGAUUGGAUCUCGGAGAAGGAAGUCGGAACAGUUUCCCCAUCAGGGAUAUUUCAGGGAUGGAGAACAGGGGUUACGAUUCAGACGAGGAGCUUGACAGGAGUCUUGGUCUUGCUUCCGCCAGCGGCGAGAAAUCGACUUUGGACAAGGCCCCUCUCAAUCCUGACGAGUUAUACGCCAAACCUGACUUAACCAAGAAAAAGAAAAACCGUAAUAAAAGAGCACCGUCACGUAGUGAUUCUGAGAGCAGCCAGUCUACCGUACAGGCUUCUAGUAGAUUGACGGAUUCGUUUACGAAGCCUGGGAAAGUCAAGAAGACGUUUCGUAAAGUGGGCAGCUCUCCACAGGAAAACCAAUCAGGCAGGCAGGACGAUGAGCCAACUCAUGAUCCUGUGGUGGUGUACGAUGAAAGAACUAAUUUGUAAGUUGAAAUAAGUUGAAAUAAGUGGUCAUUUAGUUAAGAUAGGAAAGGACGACGAACGCGGAAAUGCGUGUUCGUACAGUUAAUGUUCAUUGUUGAGGCCAAGCUUCAUAUUCUAUUUCCGUCCCGAGGGUAUCUUUUGCCACUUAGAUUCAUCAUGGAGAUCCUUAGCUUACCUUUUUAAGGGUGGUUGAAAAGGUAUCAAUUUGGGUUAUCUCGCCAUCCAAAGCGCAAAAAUUUGCUUAAGAGUCCUUCAAAUUCAAGGUCAACCGAAAACCAUGUGUUUUUGGGCCGUCUCCCGGGACAUCUUGUGAAAUAUUCAGUAUGUGGUAUCGCCUUUUUCCUCAACUCGUCAGCCAUUUCUUAGCUGGCAAAAAAGGCUAAAUGAAGCGUAAUUCAUCGAUACGAAUUGUGUUGUGAACUACAGAUUUAACGGAAACAACAAGUUUGUUCCAAACUUCCUGGACAUUAGAGUUAAACAAGAUUUCACUAAGAAUAAGUAACUAAACAGACAUGAAAAAAAAAAAGAAUUCGUAUAACUUUUCUUGCGAUUUAUACUUAAAUGCAUGCAUUUUGUGGUCUGUCUCAAUUGCAAAAGUUUAUAGCUUUUCUAACAGUUGUUUAGUAAAACGACACCCCCCCCCCAAAAAAAAAAAAAAUAAUAAUAAUGAUAAUAAAUAAACUCAUGGUUUUAUGAAUAAGUCAUUUUUAGUAAGAUAUUCUUGGUACUUUUUCAAAGCGUGACAUUAUUGAGACUUAGUGCAAUCUGGAUGCCAGUUUUUGUUGACAAAUUUUUGUCAAAUUCUCCUUCUUAGUUUUGUUAGUAAAGCUAAACUUCAUCAAAGAUUGAUUUUAUUAAUUGGAUGAGCUAGAAAUUGGAUAUUUUUUUAGUCCACUUUACUCACAGACUUUUUCGAGUGAAAGGUAGAACACCUCUGCCCAGUUAAUGAAAAACAAAUAUAAUUCUUAAUAUUGAAUUUUUAAGCACAGAUGUAAAUAAAUAUGCUGAAAUUCAGUUACUGUGCAAGACAGACGAUUCUAAAUUUAUCUUAUACAGAAGUAUAUUAAUUUUGCAGGAACGAAACUUUAAAAUGAAUAAACGAGUGUGGCUGAAGGCUGGUGUUCUUUAUUAUCCACCUCGUGAUUGUGUGUAGUUGUCAUGUUUGGUUUUUUCGCCUUUGUACGCAUUUGUUUGUGUUGUCAUACUUUGUUUGUCAACAUGUUUUCUUCCCAUGAAGUCAAAAUUGAUCUAGAACUGUGGAACUUGCCUGAAAAUCCGUUGAAAUGAAGAAAAGGAGAGAAAGAGAUCUUGAGGAACAAGAAACAAUUUGCAUCAUCAGAAUUACUAUUUGUACAAAUUUAAGAGUAUAGAAGGGCGAGGAGUCCUCCAAGAAACCACCAGGCUUGUUAGAGACACUACCUCGGUGAUCAAUAUGUUUGUUAUCAGUGUGGAUGCGCGGCUUGGCCAAUUCAGACACAUUUUAUUCAAUCAUCUUUUUUUGCUUUGUGUGAUCAUUUAUUUGUAAAGUGCUGAAUCCCUGAAAAUGUGUUUUACAAUUAAAACGGACGUUCUCGCUGCUCACAGACUAGAGUGCAUUUCACAUUCCCACUCUCGUUCUCUUGUUGAAGAGUUCGUCACUUGGCCACAAAUCGACUCAGCCCACUUAAAUUCACUCUCCACUCACGGUUUUUAUUUUAGUUGUAAUUUGUGCGUGCAGUGACGUUAAUUGUUUGCGCUGAUGAACAACAAUGAGAGCUAACUAAUAAUCAUUAAAUGCCCACAAACAAAAAUAUAAACAUAAAAGUGCUGAGUUGUAACCACCGCUAAUGCCUGAACUAAUUCAUGUUGUCUUUGUGCUAUCACAAAAUAUUCGGACGUGAUACUUCGUUCACUAGAUCUUAGUUAACUCAUCUCAGUCUUCCAAGGUUUUGACCAGUGAUUGGUCGGCCGACUCGCUGGAGUAGAGAAUGGGACCUUGUCCCCUUACUAUUGAAUAACGAAGUUUCCUUAUCCAGUAAACAAAUUAAACUAGCUAAUUUAUCAUUUCCAAUGUCACAUUUACAAGACAGCUGUAGGCCGUAUCGCAUGGUUACACACAUCUGGUCACUUGAAAUAAAACAUUAAAACCUGUGGAUGGGCCAAAUAGCAGCUUUAAUUGCCAAAGGUUGUGUAAAUUCGAUCCUUAGCUUAAGUUUAAUUUACUUUUUCAAAUCUGUGCAAUUAUCGAAUAGUUCACGGAAUGCUGUAUCAGACUUCCGUUGCUAAGUGCUUCUAAGUUCAUUAACCACUUUGUGUAUUUUUCGUUUUGUAAUUCAAUUGUUUUGCAUAGCUAUUCUUAAGCUUAAAAUAGAGACAAUUUUCUCGAGAGCAUUGGUCGGGUCAACUGUUUUAUAAGCUUUAUUUUAAAUAUAUUAUAAACGGAUUACUAUUUGCAGCUCUGAUCAGCUACUCAUGAUGUUUCUAUAGUUACACCUUCAAAACUCAGAUUAGGGUUAAAGAAAUCUGUAGUCAAGGCUUUUUUUCGUCGUAAUAGUUUGAUGGAAAGUUCAUACCGAUGUAUGGCUGGCUUUGAUGUCUUUUGACUGUGUUUUUUUUUUGUGUGUGUCUGAAAGCCAUUCAGGACUUCCGCUUAAUGACUUCAAUAUAACGGUACUUAUUAAACUAGAAAACUAGAAUAUUAAUAAUGAGAUCAUGCCUUGUUAAGAGAUACAUAUUUCGAAUGAGUACAGAACAAAGCCAUUCUAUGCUAGAAUUUGUGGCCGCUCAAAUUUGCCGAACAUGCUCUAAAAUGAGACCGUUGUUGUAAGCGGAAGUGUUCAUCGAACAGAAACGACACUUGUAACUUUAUUUGAGGUAUCUCUCAUAUAUAGCUUUCGAAGCUCUAGCAAGAUAUAUUCGAAGCGCUGUUACAAAUUAAGCAGGAAUUUUCAGCUGUAAGCGAAAUUUUUUAUAUAGUUUCCGAAGCCAAAAACUCCUUUCGAAGUUUCUCGUUUCUUUUCAACCUCGUCAAUAGGAUAUGGUGUAAUCAGGUAACUCUUCCAAAUCAUCUCGUACAACCGCCUUUUGAGUUAAAUCGUUGAUCUUCAUCUUACAAUGUCUCCAAACAAUCACAGUAAUCAAACUUUAAGAUAAAAUGUAUUUUUACUAUGUUCCUUUUUUCGAAGGGGUGGGGUUGGGGGUUAGGCAUGACGUAGCUGUCGUAUAUCUUUUCUUGUAUUUUUUGCCUCUUUCAGUUAUGGUGAUGAUGCAUCAAAGGAAUCUAAUCCUUCAGUGGACAGAAAUGAUGCAAAAAGUGUUGCUGAGAGCAAUGUCUCGAGCGCAACAAUUGUCUCCGACCUAAAUAGUAGCGAAGUGGCCGAACCCGUUAAGAAUGACGAUCUGAUCAACCUUAGUCUUGAACUUCCACCUCCGGCAAACGCUACUGAGGGGCUGUCCAUCCAAGAUUCAGGCUCUGCCCCUCCCUCUCCGUAUACACUUCGCAGCAGAAAGAUCUCGUUAGGUUCUCAGGACAGUUCCUACGACGAACCUUAUAACAACUUGGAGGAGAUCGACGCUGGCAUUACACCACCGCCGGAUUUUAUCCCCGCUAAGCCCCCGUCGUUUGGAUUUAAUCCCGAAGAAGAAUCGGGCGGUCUCGCCGCUGCUCCAACCAUUUCCCGAUCUUCUUAUCCCAAUGAACCUUAUGGGGUCGAGGACAAAUCCGAGGAAGAGGCCGUGGUUAUGGAGGUGAAGGAGCUUAAAAAUAUGGAAGAUGCUAGAGAAGCUGAGGAUACAAUCAACGAUUUCGACGACAUUCUAAACGGUCUUCUCGCGAACGAGCCAACAGACGAACCAGAGACAACUCAAGAAACUUUCACGAGAUCCGACGGCUAUGAUUCGACUGUAUUAAUGUUUUAGAUUUCCAAACCGUGUAUGGAAAAGCUUACCAAAGUUACUUAAGAGUGAGGUUUUUCACCAGCCUUCUGACGAAUGGGAGAGCUCUUGAGGAACUUUUGUGAGAUCUGACGGCUAGGAUUCAGCCGUGGUAAUGUGUAAGCUUUAAGAGUGUCUAGGCUGGAGAAUUUAAACAAAUGGAAAAUGAUAUUUGGGGACUUCGAUUUAGGUGAAACUUUCUUGAGCAAGAGCUUAUGGGUUUGUUUAGAAACUUGCUAUCUGUUACGUUGCAUUUUACUGCGAAAUAUGUCACUCAAAAAGUUUAGUGCAUGGGAAAAGCCAGAUUUCCAGGAGGUCUCUUGAAUGCCCAAUAGCUUAAUGAUAACAAUUGUAGACUUUCUCUUCAAAUGUUAGAUGCAGUUUUAAGAAUUGAUCGAUACAUCAGUUUCACUCUAGAAUUCGAAGCAUGCAGAGCUUGUUAGAUUCACAAAUGUAGUCGAAUGCUUUGCUUGCAUUUUCAGGCAGGGCAAAUCGGAGGUUUUUUAAAACGAAAUUGGGUCUCAACUUCUUUGGAGAGGUCAGCUGUACUGAACCAUCACUUAAUUUCUUUCUAAAUAGGUCGUUCUUAUAUUCAACCCCUACUUUAAUUCUUGAAUUGUAUUUAUAGAUUUCAAAUAUUAUUUUCAAAGUGCCCUUAUCUGUUAUUUCGUGCGAGAUUUUCAAAUAGUUUUUGUGAUAAUAUAGCGAUUAUGAAAAAUGGAAUGGAUCAGCGUGGGGCCGAUUUAAAAAUGAAAGGCCCGCUAGGUAAAGCUAGCAGCAACAAAAAAAAAAAAAAAGACGGAAAG